AUGCGUACCCGUCGAUGCUUACUUUUUAUAGAACCAGCAAGGAUUCUCGAGGGCCCACAAGAUACAAAGACGAUAUGUGGUGAGGAUAUAGUUCUCUUCUGCAAAGCUUCCGGUAAUCCAGACCCGAAAGUGGCCUUUCAACGCAACGGUAUUGAAAUCGGCGAGUCCUCGGAGGUGCAGGGCUUAGUCGUGCGUCCCGUUGGGCCAAACGCGCUCACUCUGCGUAUGAAGGUGCAAAUGAUCAACGAUGGGGACGUUAUCACCUGUCAAGUGCAUAACCACUUCGGCAUGGAUUCAGCCAAAGCCACCAUCACCGUUUACGAUGCAAAUGAACGUGAGUUUGCCAAUUCGUCGUAUUCUUUCCGUCAACGAAAUGUGAUACGUAGCAUAGUCUUCUGUAUGCGAUUUGACUCUGUGUGA